AUGAGUGAAUGGUGCGUCGAAAAUCCUGAGAGUAUACCACUGACAUUGGAUAAGAGUCAAUACCAACAUCUGAUAGAUAUAGAACAGUAUUUAUCUCCAUUAGCUGAUAAGCCGUCGACCUUAUUGAUAUUAAAUCAGAAGAUUGAUAUACCCGAUGUUUUUUUAGAAAUAUGGGGUCAUUACAAACUGAAAGUUUGUGCAGAUGGUGGUGCUAAUAGACUAUACGAAUUAUUUGGUGAUGAUGAAUCUGCAAGAUCUCGAUAUUUACCUGACUACAUCGUUGGUGAUUUGGACUCAUUGAAGGAAGAUGUGAAAAGGUAUUAUAGACAAAAAAAAGUUGUGAUAAUAAAACAAUUGACCCAAUAUUCAACGGACUUUUCUAAAUGUUUGGAUGUUAUCGCACUUCAUUGGAACUCAUCAGCGUUUGCUCAAAAAGUUAGGAGUAGUACCGAUGAGAAUCAUUCUGUAGAGCUCUAUGAUGGAUUGGCCAAAUGGCGAGAAAAAUUGAGUGAUAAGAGUGGAAUUAAGAUUAAUACGUUGGCCUUAGGUGGUAUCAAUGGUAGGUUUGAUCAGACGAUCCACUCUAUUUCGCAACUUUAUCAAUUAUCAUCCAAUGAAAGUCAAUUCAACUUGUGUUACCUUUCUUCUACUGAUCUGAUAUUUUUAAUACCAUCACAGGGAACUCUUCUAACGUAUUCUAAAAAAUUUAGACAUGAGUGUAUCGGGAAUUGUGGAUUAUUACCUUUAGGACGGCCAACGGUUUUGCAAGAGACUCGUGGAUUAAAAUGGGAUGUCGGCAAUUGGUCAACAAGUAUUGAAGAAGGCAAAGUUAGCAGCAGCAACAGAUUUGUUGGUGAAGAAAAAUGUUUAUUGAAAACAAAGGACAGUGUAGUAAUUAGUGUGGAAAUUCAAAUGGGGAAUCUAAAGAGAUUCUUGUAA